AUGGAUGAACCUUCCGAAAAGAGAGUGGCAGAGGACGAGAUCAAUAGCGCCGAGAGACAAGAUGAUGGAAUUUCCCUAAAGGACGACACGGUACUCACCAAGGCGCAACUUCUUGGUGCCACACCAGACGAGGUUAUUGAAGCUGAGGAGCAUGGACGCACACUUGAUUUGGAGGAAGCGAAGAAGCUCGCCGAAACCCUUGUCUACUUCCAUGAACAUGACCCAAACUUCAGUUCCGAGUCCGUUAUUCGCCUUCAAUCAUUCCUCGCCAACGAGGAACUUUUCCAAAACCCUGAAAAGAAUGAGGAAGCCAUCUCAGACAUCAAGACCGAAAUUUCACUUCUCACAAUCAACUCGCCUUACCCAGAAGUGCGAGCUGUCGUGAGCAACAAAGAUGACCCUUCUACGCCAGCUGGAACUAUCCGCGCCUGGACUAUCGGUCUACUGUUCGUUGUCUUGCAGAGUUUUGUAAACCAGCUAUUCUCGGUUCGACAACCGAGUAUCCGUCUGCAAGCUCCUGUCAUCCAACUCCUUUCGUAUCCUCUUGGCAAGGCUUGGGAGAAAUGGCUGCCAGUGGGCGAGUUCACUUUGUUCGGUUCUCAGGUCCAGCUGAACCCCGGAAAGUUCAACCAGAAAGAGCACAUGCUCAUAUCGAUCAUGGCCAACGUGUCGACGAGUUUGCCUCACUCACGAUACAUCAUCUUCACCAGUUGGUUGAAGAAGUAUUUUGAUCUACCUUUCGCAGCCGACUUUGGUUUCCAGAUUUGCCUUUCGCUAUCUAUGAACUUGUUGGGAUUCGGUCUGGCGGGUCUGGUUCGUCGAUUCCUGGUUUACCCGUCAUUCUGCAUCUGGCCUCGAUCGUUGGCAACCGUUGCCCUCAACCAGAGUCUUCACAACGAAUCUGGAAAUUCUAGCGUUCUAGGACCUUUUAAAAAAAUCUACAGCAUGACUCGAUACCGCUUCUUCAUGCUCUCGUUCGCCGCCAUGUUCGUAUGGUUCUGGUUCCCAGAUCUCAUUGUUUCUGCAUUGUCGCUUUUCAACUGGCUCGCCUGGAUAUCACCAAACAACUUCAACCUUGCAGCCAUCACUGGUGUCAGUAAGGGACUGGGCUUCAACCCUUUACCGACCUUCGACUGGAACAUCGCCACUUAUUAUAUCGACCCGCUACUGGUUCCAUUCCAUGUCACUUUUAACAUGUUUUUAGGUGCCGUUCUGGGAGGAAUCACCAUUAUCGCGAUGUACUGGAACAACACAUAUAACACGGGGUACCUGCCUAUCAACACAAACACCAUGUUCGACAACACGGGCGCCAAGUACAACGUUUCUUCCAUUUUGGAUGAUCGUGGAUUGCUCGAUGUGGAAAAGUAUCAAGCUUACAGUCAGGUCCAUAUCGCUGCUUCGUCUGUCACUUAUUACGCGGUCAUCUCAUAUGCCGCCAUCUACCACUGGAACGAUAUCAAGCUGGGAUUUGUUUCCUUGUAUCAAAGCUUCAAAAAGGACAGCAAGGUCAACCAGUUCAAGGAUGUUCAUACUAAACUCAUGGAGAAAUACCGCGAAGUCCCUGAGUGGUGGUACAUGAUUCUCAACCUAACACCACUGGAGAUUGUUGGAGUCGCUUUCGGUGUUGCAUCCGUCGCAGCCUGGCCUACCAACACGAGUGUCGGCACCGUAUUCUUUGGUCUUGCUCUCGCCGUUAUCUUCACUGUACCCACUGGAAUCAUCUUUGCUACUACUGGUAUCGAGGUUGAGUUCAACGUCCUCGCGGAGUUCAUCGGAGGCGCAUGGCAACCAGGAAAUGCCUUGGCGAUGAACUUCUUCAAAGGUUUCGGAUACGUGACUGUAGCUCACGCUCUUGACUUUGCCAAUGACUUGAAGUUGGGACAUUAUCUUAAGAUCCCUCAGCGCCAGACUUUUUGGUGCCAAACCGUCGCAACUAUCGUUUCGGCCGUCGUGUGCACGGGCGUCAUGAACUUCCAGAUCCGCAACAUCCCUGAUAUCUGCGAGAGUGGCCAGAAAGACCGAUUCACCUGCCCCGGUGUCGAAUCUUACUUCACAGCAGCCGUACUCUUCGGAUCUCUUGCACCACAGCGCGUGUUUGGCCAAGGUGGCAUGUACACUGCUCUUCUCGCAGCAUUUCCUGUUGGCUUGGCGUUCCCCGUGUUGUACUAUUAUGCUACACGAAACCUGCCCAAGACGCAUUUCCUCACGAAGCUGCAUCCCGUUGUCCUCUUCAGUGGCGGCCACAUCUGGUCGCCCUACAACCUUGCUUACGUCUGGCCGGCUGUUAUACCUGGUUGGAUCUCGUGGGUCAUUGUUCGCAAGAGAUAUCUUGCAUUCUGGGCAAAGUACAAUUACGUACUGUCGGCGGCGUGGCAGACAGGAAUUGCGCUUUCUGCUGUUGUGAUAUUCUUCGCGGUUAGCUAUCAUGGUGCUUCGGUUAAUUGGAUUGGAAACCAUGCUGACAGCGGCUGUGAGGCCAAUGCUUGCACGAGGCUAAAGCUUCCUGAAGGGGAGAUAUUUGGGCCACAACCUGGAACGUUUCCAUAG